AUGGGAAAAGCACCUUCCAAAUCAUCCCUCACCCGCUCCUCACCAGUCGGUCCCAAAGCACUUCCAUUGCCCAUCUUUCAGAAAUUGAAGGAUAAGCGAGUAGUGCUGGCUUCUGCCAGUCCAAGGAGGAAAGAGAUCUUUGCUGCAGCUGAUUUCCACCCAGAGAUUGUCCCUUCGACUUUCGCAGAGGACUUACCGCACUCGAGAUUCCAGGGGAGGCUGGCUGAUUAUCCAAUAGCGACUGGUGCAGAGAAGGCAAUGGAAGUGUAUGAGAGGUUGGUCAAGGAGAAUGAGUAUGACCCGCCUGAUUUGGUGAUUUCUGCCGAUACAGUGGUAAUCUUCCCUCCUGAGAAAGAUACAGUCGAAGGUGGACAGUAUCACGGUGAGACAUCGGAAGUAUUGGAGAAACCAAUAAACCAACAUGAGCAGAUACGAAGUCUCUCUUCCAUGUCGGGUAGACAAUGCGAGGUGAUCACUGGUGUAUCGAUAGUGUAUCCUACCGUGGAAGCGCCAGGAUUCAAAGUUCAAUCGAUAUCGGCUUCGACACUUGUACAAUUCUAUGAUAAUUCUAAAGAAACUAUUCAGGCUUAUGUAGAUUCUGAAGAAGGUAUAGAUAGAGCUGGUGGAUUCGCUAUUCAAGGAUUAGGAGGAGUGUUGAUAGAGAAGAUAGAUGGUGAUUACAACAAUUGUGUUGGAUUCCCUUCGUCUGCUUUCUGGAGGUGGAUAUCCGAGCUGGACUCGGAAGGUGUAUUCGACGAAGCAUGGAAGGAGUAA